AUGUCGUGUGGGCGGAUCCAGCCGCAGCAUUCUGCGAUUCCAGGUCGCGGGUGGGAACCAAUCAGCGACCUGGAUUCAGGAAACUAUGAUGUUGUGGCAUCGGUGGGGGCCUUUGGAGAAAGCCAUCUGCCUGUUAAAAGUGUAGACGACAUGAUCAGCGCCGCCAAACCAGGUGGUUUGGUGGUGAUCGUGAUGAGAAAGGAAAACCUGGUGAUUGUCGAGGCUUACAAAGACAAACUGGAGCCUUACCUUGCUUGCCUGGAGGAAAGAAACUACUGGACGAGGGUAUCGCGGAAAGUGGUUCCAGAUUAUUUUUGUGGUAAAGAUGGGCUCAUUUUGACCUACAAAGUACUAUAA